UAAAUGUUACGUAUAAUAAUUAAGUAAAUAUUAAGUGACAUAAGUAAAAAUGAGUUUGAACGAAGUAAAAGUACGUAAAAAACUCGAAUGUGUUGACUUGCAAACCAAGUUAUGGGCUUUACAGGAAGUGAGCAAAGGUACCCCAGUGAAUGUUGUUGCCGAAAAAAUUAAUGUUCAUAAAACAACAAUAAAAUAUUGGAUAAAAAGUAAAGAUUCUUUCCGAAAGUGGCAGAAAACUAACAAUGAUGAAGGAAAAGGUAAAAAAAGAAUGAAAAGUCCAAUUCAUACUUCAAUCGACAAAGCUACAUGGUUAUGGUUCCAAGAACGCAGUGCUACAGAUUUUCCAAUAUGUGGUCCAACAGUAAAAAUGCAGGCAAUGAAAUUUUGGAAAAUGUUUGGCGGUGACAGUACUUUUAAAGCAAGCAAUGGAUGGCUUGAUAAGUGGAAAGUACGCCACAAAAUUAGAACUGAUUUUACUACCGGUAUGUCUUCUUUAGAUAGUAAAGGUGCUGAAAAGUAUAAGGCAAUUUUUUUAGAAAUAAUACAAAAUGAAAAUUUGACACCACAUCAAAUCUUCAAUUGCGAUGCAACUGGGUUGAAUUAUAAACAAAUUCCUUCGAAAAGAACAUUUGGUGGUACUAACAAUGAAUCUGAAUCAGCAGGAUUUAAAAUAAAAAAAAAACGAAUAACUAUCAUGAUUUGCAGCAAUGCAAGUGAAGAUGCCAAACUAAGUGGUUUUAAAAGCUUAACUGUUCGGCCGGUAGUGUAUAAAAGCCAAAAAAAUACUUGGUUGACAGCAAUGUUGUUUGAGGAAUGGUUUAAGGAGCAAUUUGUGCCACAAGUACAAAGUUUUUUGAAGAACAUGGAAUUACCACCCAAGGCAAUAUUGUUCAUGGACAAUCGUGAUGGGCAUUUAGAAUGUUUAUCGCAUGAUGAAAUUAAAGUUGAAUUUUUUCCCCCUAAUAUAUCGCUUUUAAUACAGCCCAUGGAUGUAGGAGUUUUUCAAAAUCUCAAGACUUUAUAUCGAACCAAUGUAAUGUCUUUUUUUAUCGAUCAGUUCAAUAUUGGAACUAAUCUACCAGUAGCUAUGAAGAAACUUAGUAUUAAAAAUGUCAUUUUUUGGAUUACUACAGCUUGGAAUAAAGUUAAUAAAUCUACAAUAUCAGAAUCAUGGAAGGCAUUAUGGCCAGAUAUUUUACAAGUUCUUGCACCUAGUGAUGAUAUUGAAAUUGUUGAUGAUGUUUGCUAUGAAUUGAAAGGUUAUGAAGAUCUCACUGUUCAUUUUUAUAAUUUUUUAAAAGAUCAGCUUGGCACAACCAUAGAAUUAAUUACUGUUCAAGACUGGCUAAACUCCCAGAGAGUUAUGAGUGAAGACGAAUGUUUGACUGAUUCACAAAUAGUGCAAAUAAUAAAUGAAGAAGAAAAAGAAAUAGAAGAAGAAAAAAAAGGAAUACAGCGAAGAAUAACAGCAGUAUUACAGAAUAAAGAAAGAAAACUACAGAAUAAAGAUGAUACAACAAUAACAGAAGAAGAAGAAAAUAAGAUAAGUAAGAAAAGAAGGAAACCAAAAUCAGGAAAAGGAGAAACAGACUCAGAAGAUUUAUGUGAAAUGCUUGAAGAUUCCAUUCAAAAAGUGCAAAUGUGUUUAGAUACAGUGAUUAGACAUUGCAACGGAAAUUCCCACUACACUCAACAAAAUUUAACCAAUUUAUAUGAGAUUAAAAAUAUUUUAAGGAAUGAAUCUUAAAAGCCAAAGAUAAAAUUA